AUGCAUUUGAAUAGGGUGUAUAUUAUCCUUUGCUGCUCUGUCCUUCCAUGGGCGAAGCCACUGAUGGUGGAGGGCAAGCGCACGUGUCAUGGAGUAAAACUGUUUGGCUUUGUCUUUGCCGCAUCCGCUCUUUUGGUGACUGCUAGGGGUCACAAUGGCGAGUACACUCUGCGUGAUCCGCAGAGUGUGGAAGAGGCAAUCAACAUAUUAAAUGAGAUCGAACGACUAGCAGAGGACUGCCUGGCCAAUGGUGUCAAGGAGCUUCAGGUGGGGCGUGGCCUAUCACCUAGGCCUUGGUUUCAGGAGGUGGUUGACAGGUAUGGUGCACCUCCUAGACAACAUCCACAGAGGUAUUCCAGGGAUGGGCGACGAUUGUCCGUUUUGGCGGAGAACAAUACCGCUCCCAUCCGAUUCCACCUGAAUUUUGAUACGCUCUAUGAGGACAAAGUGCAGGCAAAUCCUUUCACCAAAGACCGCUACUGCUUUCGCGAGGGCGAAUGGUUUCGUAUCGGCUAUCCGGGCGAGAAACCAAGCGGCAGCGGACCCGAUGGCUGUGGUGACCGAACCACCACAGUGGUUCACGGGGACAAGUGGUGCCUUUGCACUGUGACCGAUCUCAUCACCGACCAAAUGCGGAACUUUGUGAUCUACGCCACUACAGAAGCUCUGGCGGAAUUUCACUUUAGCACAUGCAGCAUCCAGCAAAUGGAAGUCAUGAAGCAGGUGCCAGGCUUUUUCUCUGUGAAGCCGCUCGAGGAUGAGUUGAAAUUUCGGCCUCUCAGUGGCAGGGUCAAAGAUCCAAUUGUGAUCAACUGUGCUGAUGAUGCGUGAGGCGGUUUAAUUGUUCCUGUAUGUUUCUGCUUGGCAAUUCGGAGCAUGGCAUGUCUUUGCAAGACAGUAUGAAGUUUCAAAUUCCAACCUGCCAUAAGCUGCUAAUCUUUUUCAGUGGCAGGGUCAACG